AUUUGCGCUAUACUGUAUAAUUUUCAUUUAAAUUUUACAUUGUCUCUUUUUUUUUUCAGGAAGGUGAUAGGCUCUACGUAGGUGCUCCGGGGAGCUACUACUGGCAAGGCCAAAUGUAUUCCAUAGAUGCGCACGCUCACUUUAACUAUACGCCUGGAUUUUUUGGAAAUUACGGCUACGGCGCCAAAGGUUCUGUUCACCAACAAAGUUUAGAAAAUAGACCAGCAGUGUUUUCUACAAGAGAAGGAAAAGCGCCUGAUGAUGAUUCUUAUAUUGGAUAUUCAACUGUUGUGGGACAUUUCAAAAAAGGGGAACAGUACGAAGGCAUAGCAGUUGGGAUGCCAAGAGGAAAUAAGUUGAAAGGAAAGGUACUGCUUUUUACUUGGAAUCUAAUCAACUAUAAGAAUAUCACAAUCAGCCAGCAGAUCGGAUCAUAUUUUGGAUACUCCAUAGCAGCUGCAGAUGUCGAUGGCGAUAAUAAACUGGACCUAAUAGUUGGUGCCCCAAUGCACACGGAAGCUAAUACAGAAGACAAAUACGACGUUGGAAGAGUAUAUGUUUUUUACCAAACUGACAACUUUACUGAGAGCUUCAAUACCUCACAUUUCAUAGAUGGUAUCAAUUCCAGAGGAAGGUUUGGGCACGCUCUAAGUUCGUUAGGAGAUGUUAACCAAGAUGGUUAUGAUGAUUUUGCUGUUGGUGCUCCAUACGAUGGUCCACAUGGUAGAGGUGCAGUUUAUAUCUUCUAUGGAUCCGCAGCUGGCAUUAGGCAAAAAUACGGGCAGGUUAUUUACGCUGAAGAUAUCACAGGUGUUAGACAAUAUCUAACAACAUUUGGAUUUUCCCUAGCUGGGGGCCUAGAUUUAGAUAAUAAUGAAUAUCCAGAUAUGGCCGUUGGAGCUUAUUUGUCUGAUUCUGCUUUUUUCUUUAGGGCACGACCAGUGGUUUUCAUCGAUAGCUACGUCGAAUUUAAGACACAAAACAAGAAAAUUGAUAUAAAGCAAAAGAACUGUCUUCUACCGAAUGGAGAAGAUGGAACAUGUACAUCAAUCGCUUUCUGUAUAAAAUAUCGUGGUAAAGGAAUUCCAGAUCAACUUUCUUUAAAUGUUGAAUACAUAUUAGACACCAUGGCAAAAGUUCAUCGGAUGGGUUUCAAAUCACAUGGCAGUCACACGUUCAACAGAACAAUUAUCCUGCGGAAAGAUGGCGCCGAAAGUUGCAAAACAGAAGAAAUUUAUAUGAGAAACGAAAUAAAGGACAAACUGACACCGCUUGAAGCCGAAGUUAAAUUUUAUAUGAUUGAAGACAAUUCUUAUGAACAAUUAAGAAAUCCAUUGUCUCAAUUAAAACCAGUUUUGGACUUGAAUAAUCCACCUUCUAGGACAGAUGCGAUAAUGAUUCAGAAUAAUUGUGGAGACGAUAAUAUUUGUAUACCAAAUCUUCAUGUCAACGUUACUUCAAACGUCAAAGAAUAUCUACUGAAUUCUAACACCACCCUGGAAUUUGAUGUAAUCGUUUCUAAUUUUGGGGAAGAUUCUUUUGAAACGACAUUUGUUAUGACAUAUCCAACAAAUGGAAUAUUUUAUAAGAGAAGUGAAAUCAAAAUACCUGGCUUGAUCUGUACUGAAUCCACCAACAAGACGGUCGUCUGCGACAUUGGAAAUCCUUUACCUAGUGGAAAAAUCGCCAGCUUCAAGGUUUUCUUUCAACCCUACCACAAAGGAGGUUCCCCCAAUCACAGCUAUCAUUUUGACAUUUUAGUUAAUAGUUCAAAUCCGGAACCUCUAUCUACAUUUGAGGAUAAUAAAAAACACAUAGAAAUUGAGAUUUGGAUUGAUGCAACUAUCGAUAUUAAAGGUCAAACAUACUCUUCUCUUCAACCUCUGUCGCAUUAUAACAACACUAUAUUCAAGGGAUCCAUAAAGGAUGUGAGAAAAGAGACAGAGAUUGGCCCGCAAGUGACUCAUGUCUAUUUUCUGACGAACCAGGGUCCUUCCCAAAUUCAACGAGCAGAAGUAUUCCUCCUUUGGCCUUUGACCACUCUCGGUGAUGAAGAUCUGCUAUACCUUCUGGAGCAACCCAUUACCAAAGGCAACGUUAAGUGCGAUUGGUCGCCGUUGGUCAAUUACAGAAAGUUGGAAUUGGAAUCCUACAAUAAUACAAUCUGGGAACGUCUGAAAAUCGACGUUUCAGCAUUUAAUGGUGGUACUGCGAGCGCGCACAAGAAAGAUAAAAAUGAAGGAGUUAUUGAAACAGAUCAUGAAUUUAAUAGUGGUGGUACGAGUGGCGAAGCCAUAGAAACAAACAGUGGCAUCGAUAGUGGUAUUGGCGUUGUUAAUAAAAAUCAAGACAAACUCGACAAGGAAAUUAAACAAUCAGGUGGAGAUUCUUCUAGUGUUAUUCAAGAUCGUCACAAUGAAACAAGCGAACACAUGCGGAGCUGGGGAACUUUAAAUCCACAUGGAGAGUACGAAUAUACAGUCAGCAAAUAUUUUAUUACUUAUGAAAACGGUGAACCAGUGACAAAAUGGGAAAACACAACCACAAUCAGAGACGCUCAAGGCAACAUUUUACGCACCUUGUACUACAACGACAACACAGGGUCCCAUAGCGGAAGCCAGUUGGACUCUCUGAACUAUAAAAUUGGUCUUAAACAAGGAGAAUAUGAACACAAAACUGCGAAAUGGUUUACAACGUACGUCAAUGGUGAAGCAAUCACGAGGUGGGAGAAUAAGACAGUCGUUACAGAUUUGAAUGGAAAUGUUCUAAGAAGUUACGUAUGGGAUGAUUAUACUGGGGAGUAUAGAUUAGAAACAGGCACAUCUGGUUCCAACAUAAACGCCAUCCAAGAAGAACUUCGCAGAAAACAACAACAAGAAAGAAUAGAAGAAGAAAGGAGGCAAGAGCUAUUUAGACAAGAACGCAUCCGUCAAGCAGAAGAAGCUAAAAGAUUGGAAGAACGCAAAAAAAUAGAAGAACAAAAUAGGCGAACACUAGAAGAACGGAGACAGGAGGAAGUGCGCAGAAGACAGGAAGCGAUUCGUAAAGAAGAAGAAAAGAAGAGGGAAGAGGAGAGAAUUAGAUUAGAAGAGAGGAAAAGGGCCGAGGAACGAAGGAUAGAGGAGGAAGAAAGAAGAAGAACUGAAGAAUGGCGCAGAGAAGAGGAGAGAAGGCGGUUAGAAGAAAGCAGUAGACCAGCAGGUUCGAGAUAUCCAGAUAAUAGGUAUGAUGAAGAGAGACGAAGGGAAGAAGAACGUCGCAGGCAAGAUGAAAUACGUCGUGAACAAAUUAGAUUAACAGAAGAAAGAAGAAGACAAGAGCAAUGGCGAAAACAACAGGAAGAGCAAAGGAGAAUCGAAGAGGAACGAAUCAGAGUUGAAGAAGAAAAAAGGAGGAUCGAGGAAGAACGCAGAAGACAGCAAGUAGGAGGAGAAAGCAACAAUAAUUGGUCAGAAGAAAGGAGGUAUUAUGAAGAAAAAAGAAGACUAGCAGGGCAAGGUGGCAGUAUUGAUAAUAAGCGAGUGGUAACAGGUUAUUUUGAUGAAAAUGGUAUUUUCCAUGGAAAUCCAAAUGAAUUCGUCUUUAAUAAGACCGUUGUCGUAGAAUCAAGUACUUCAUUCCCAAUAGAUAUUUCCGGUGGAGAAACGCAUACUUUCGGAGGCAGAGAAGGUAAUUUAAAUGACCUUGGAACAGGUUUUACGAUACAAACAUUAGAUUUGGGAGGUGGACGUGGUUCGUCAUAUAAUAGGGGAUCUUCAAGGAGUGGAGCUUCAGGUAGUGGAUCUAGACAAGAUGGACAAGGUUCAGGAAGUGGUCAAGGAGGUUACACACGGGACUGGCAUACAGAAGGCGGUUACUCGACUAGUGGUCAAAUCCCACCUACAUUCAUACACAACAGCAUAGACAGAGAUAAUGUACCAACGGACAAUCAAUUUAGGUCGACUAGAUCAAAAAGACAAAUUACCAAUAAUCCUUAUGAAGACAUUCAAGCGCUUGUUAAGUGUAACGCCACUAAAUGCAUCUAUAUUAGAUGUGUCGUAGGAGCCUUAGGAAGAGAUGACGAUGUUUUAAUUGCUCUGAGAUCUAGAUUAAACGUUAGAGGACUUAAAGACCUCGCUGACAGUAACCAAGCAAUAACAUUGUCGUCCAAGAUGGUUGCAGCUAUUUCAGAAUUGCCCUACGUCGAUCCGAUUAAAAAAGAAAAACAAGUUUGGAAGCAACGCGAGUUAUUCACAGAAGUACCAGCGAAAGAGGCUGAAUUGGUACCAGAAGUGGCACCGUUGUGGCUUUAUAUAGUAUCUGCUGUCGCCGGUAUCGUAAUGUUGCUACUACUCAUUUGGCUUCUAAGCAAGUGCGGCUUCUUCAAAAGAAACAGGCCUUCAUCUGGUCCUGAAAGACAGCCAUUAAAUAGGAAUGGAUAUCAUAGUGGAGAUGAAGCGUUGUAG